AUGCCUGCAAAAUCCCCCUCCAAAAAGGGAGGUAAAACAGCACUUUUGAAGGCCCAGGAGAACCUAUGUGCAGAGAUGGUGUUGACCGCGGGACGCACUGCAAGUGUUUUAAAAGCUCAUCGAGGAGAAGAACGCCAAAAGGCCUUAGAAAUGAAGAUGAAGAAGCGCGACUUAAAGGCACUGUGCACUACAUACCAGACACAUCCCGAGGUAUUCGACAGCGAGCCUGCUGGGCUUCUCAGCGAUGCUGACAUGGAUGAAGACAACAUGUUUUCGGACCGCAGUGUACCUACAAGACUACCUAAUCAACAGGCGCUCACAUACAGUAUGAGCAAGACCCCUCCAACUGUCUUGGCCCAAAAACCCACGAGUAAGAUCCAUACAAAGCCACAGAAAGCGUCCACAACUGUUGUGUCUUUGCAUAACGACAGUGACAGUGAGGGCAGCAGUGACAGCAACGAUUUGAACAACUUUGUCGAUCGCAUGGACCAGGACGACACUGAGAACGAGUCUGAUUGUGGUGCGGACAACACUCCCGAUGAUCAUGACGAAGUGGCCAAAGCUUCUUCACCACUGGUUGUCGGCACCAAGCACAAACUGGAGGACUCAAAGGCCAGCGAUUUCGACGACGUCACCAAGGAUUUGCUCACCACUGCCACGUCUAUCUACCGCUGUCUAGUCGUGACUCGUGCACCUUUUCCAGAGACACUAAUCAUUGAGACCAAGCUAGCAAAGGAUGCCUGGCAUGAGGCGUCUAACAUGGCAGAGCUUACCAUCCAACUGACCCCUUCUCUCGUCAAAAUGAUGACGAGGCGCACAUCACAAGUGCGCGAGGAGCUUAAAACAAAGAUGCGCGUACUGACGGCCUCAUUCUUUGGCUUCCGUGGAAGCAGAUCUAUACCCGCCAUCAAGCAAAACCGUGACCUGGCUGAAGCUCUCAAGGAAGGAUCGUGUUUUGUUUUUAAGGACUGGGAAAUGAAACGUGGCAUAUACAAGACCGGAUUAAUCCAGGAGGUGGUGAAUGAUAUGUGGUUCGCAAACCGAAUCGACGAGGGUAUAGUAUAUGCUAAAAUUUCGAUCCUUUACCCGUUCAAACCAUUGCGCUUAUACUCACAGCAAUUGAAUGCUGCAUCGACGAGUGGAUGACUGGAGUAAAGGAGGACAUCAAAUUUUCGUCGGUUGCUUACUCCCCGGUCUACCUUCUUCAUCUCAACUCCCUGUGGCGGUUCGAUGAGCGGACUGCUGCUUACAAACUGC